GGCGGGGCGGUCACAUGAUUAUGUCACUCCCCUCAGACAGAAUGAACCGGUGAAAACCUCGCACGCUCUUGUGUUUCCUGCAUCUCUCUGUGUUGGUGGAUCUCAUGGCUGCUGUUUGGCAGCAGGUGUUGGCAGUGGACGCAAGGUACAAUGCUUAUCGCACACCGACGUUCCCCCAGUUCCGCACGCAGUACAUCCGCCGGCGCAGCCAGCUGCUCAGCGAGAAUGCCAAGUGUGGCUUUGAGCCGGGGCUGCGCAGGCAGUAUUUGCGGCUGCGCAGUCAGUUUCUCGCACUGCGUUACGGGCCUCUGUCAGAGCAGAGCAGCUUCAGAGCCAGCAGUGUGCGCAGUUCCCGCACCACACUGGAUCGCAUGGAGGACUUUGAGGAGGAUCCCAGGGCUCAGGGCGCCAGAGGUCACCGAAGAUCAGUAAGCAGAGGUUCUUACCAGCUACAAGCCCAGAUGAACAGAGCAGUGUACGAUGAGAGGCCUCCAGGUAGCCUGGUGCCCACCUCGGUGGCAGAAGCCAGUCGUGCCAUGGCAGGGGACACCACCCUCAGUGAGAACUACGCUUUUGCCGGCAUGCACCACAUCUUCGACCAGCAUGUCGACUCAGCUGUUCCACGAUUGCAGUUCGCCAAUGAUGAUAAGCACCUCCUUGCUUGCUGUUCAUUGGAUGGGACGUUAUCAAUUAUGACACUGUCCCCGUCUCCACCAACUGUAAAGGUGACUUUGAAGGGCCAUGCCGGGCCAGUGACUGACUUUGCCUGGUCACUCAGCAAUGACAUCAUUGUGUCCACAUCAAAAGAUGGCACUUUGCGGAUCUGGAACACAGAAGAUGGGAGGUGUAUCCGCGAGGUGGUCGACCCAGAGGGCAGUGAGCUGUUGUGCUGCACUUUUCAGCCCAUGAACAACAAUCUGACUGUGGUUGGCAACAGUAAACACCACCUGCAGGUGGUGAACAUCUCCACUGGGAAGAAAGUGAAGGGCGGCUCCAGUAAACUCACCGGUGGAGUGCUGUCUCUCUCCUUUGAUGCUCCAGGGAGAAUCCUGUGGGCUGGUGAUGACAGGGGCAGCAUUUUCUCUUUCCUCUUUGACAUGGCCACAGGAAAACUGACCAAAGCUAAAAGACUGGUGGUGAAUGAGGGCAGUUCUAUCUCCAGUAUUUCAGCACGCUCAUGGAUCAGUCGAGAGGCACGGGACCCUUCUCUGCUCGUCAAUGCCUGUGUGAACAAACUACUGCUAUACAGGGUGGUGGAUAAUGAAGGGACUCUGCAGCUUAAGGGAAGUUUCCCUAUCCAGCAUGGAUCCCAACCACUACACAGCAUCUUCUGUCCUCUCAUGUCCUUCAGACAAGGAGCCUGUGUUGUCACUGGCAGUGAGGACGCAUGCGUCUACUUUUUCGAUGUUGAACGCAACACUAAGCCCAUUGUUAACAAGCUGCAGGGUCACAGCGGGCCCGUGCUGGAUGUCAGCUUCAACUGCGAUGAAAGCCUGCUGGCCUCCUCCGAUGCCUCUGGAAUGGUGAUCAUCUGGAGACGUGAGCAGAAGUAACCAUGACAACUCUAAAGCUUCCGCUACCUUGGCAACAGCAUCUUCUGUGCUGCCACCUCAAAUCAUGUGCAAUGCAACUCCUGAACCCUACUGUAAAUGACUGUUGUUAUGGUGUGAUAUUUUGAAUGAGUCUGAGAUAACUCAUGUAGACCAUGAAAGAAUCACAUGUUCUGGUGUCUUUGUUUUAAGACAUUCCUUUUUUGUUGGUCUGGAAUGUGAUGCUAGUGUAUGACUAUGUGGACUUCAUCAGUGCUUUGCAGUCUAGAUGUUUAAAUUAAAUGAUGAGAUGUUAAUAUAAUACUUUGUUUACUGUUUGCAUUUUGCGUCUAUGUAAGUGUGUAAGAAUGAGAGCGCUGGAGGCAAUGAAGAAUGUGUUGGCUUGAACAAUAACACUACUGUAUUUACGCCUUGUUGAAAUUCAAUAAAUUGGA